GAAAUUCCAUUAUUCCCUCUGAUCCCCCUCCAUGGACAAGAAAACAAGUAGUGACAAAAACAACCACUUGUUUUGUCUCCAAAGCAAACAUGGAAAGUACCCUAAAAGUCAAGAGCUUUAAUUCCCAUUUCACUGCUCGUUUUGUAAACAAAAGGUUAGGCCAGAGAGGAAACCUUUGUAGAGUAGAGCGGAUAGCUCUUGGUUCACUUUGAUGGAUUAGGAGAAUUGUGGGACCAAGCUUGAAACUUUCUUCAGGAGUUUUGGUGGGUUUCUUGUGAAUUUCAAAACCCAGUUGUGGAUGAUUCACUCUUGGUUUUGAACUGAAAUUCACAGGAGAAAAUCAGUCAACUCUCCCUGGGUGUUGAGUUUGGUCUCGUCGUUAAUGGUAGGAAUGGUUCAAGAAGAGGGAUCAUCAUCUGUAACUUCACCUCAUCAGUUCUUUCCAUGGAUGCCACUGCCGCCAGGGAUAGGAUCACCAUACCCUUGGCUGAGGGAACUGAAAUCUGAAGAGAGGGGUUUGUGUCUGAUCCAUCUUCUUCUUGCCUGCGCUAACCAUGUAGCGGUUGGUAGUGUUGAAAAUGCAAAUAUUAGCCUUGAGCACAUCUCCCAUCUUGCCUCUCCUGAUGGCGAUACGAUGCAGCGGAUUGCUGCUUACUUCACUGCAGCACUUGCUGAUCGCAUUCUUAAAGGAUGGCCUGGUCUGCACAAAGCUCUCAAUCCAAAACAAGUAUCUUUGAUAUCUGAAGAAAUUCUUGUUCAAAGAUUAUUUUUUGAGCUCUGUCCCUUUUUAAAGCUUUCAUACGUGAUCACAAAUGAGGCCAUUAUAGAGGCCAUGGAAGGGGAGAAGAUGGUUCAUAUCAUCGAUCUCAAUUCCUCUGAGCCUGCCCAGUGGAUCAAUCUUCUUCAAACAUUAAGCGCACGGCCAGAAGGACCACCUCAUUUGAGAAUAACAGGUAUUCAUGAGAAGAAAGAGGUGUUAGAGCAAAUGGCUCUUCGGCUGACUGAAGAAGCUGAAAAGCUAGACAUCCCUUUUCAGUUCAAUCCUAUUGUGAGCAAACUAGAGAAUAUUGACCUUGGAAAUUUGCGGGUUAAGACUGGAGAAGCUCUUGCUGUCAGUUCUGUACUUCAGCUGCAUGCUCUCCUGGCCAUGGAUGAUGAGAUGCAUAAAAGGAACUCUCCAUCAGGAUCUAAGAAUCCAAGCUCUAACCAUUUUCAGAGAGUCUUACGGAUGAACCAAAACCGACAUACUCUAGGUGAGUGGCUUGAGACAGAUUUGGUCAAUGUCUAUAGCUCUAGUCCUGACUCAGCAUUAUCCCCACUAUCUCUUUCUGCUUCACCGAAGAUGGGCAGCUUCCUAAAUGCACUUAGGAGUCUCUCACCGAAAUUGAUGGUGAUAACUGAGCAGGAAUCAAAUCAUAACGGGCUUAGUUUAAUGGAGAGGGUCACAAAAGCUUUGAAUUUUUAUGCUGCACUAUUUGAUUGCUUGGAGUCUACUGUAUCGAGAGCAUCAUUAGAGCGGCACAAGGUUGAGAAGAUGCUAUUUGGGGAGGAAAUUAAGAACAUCAUCGCUUGUGAGGGAACUGAGAGAAAGGAGAGGCAUGAGAAGUUGGAAAAAUGGAUCCUGAGGCUCGAGUUAGCUGGGUUUGGGAGCAUUCCUCUGAGCUACCAUGGUAGGCUGCAGGCAAACAGAUUAUUGCAGAGCUUUGGCUAUGAUGGAUAUAAAAUCAAAGAAGAGAAUGGAUGUUUAUUUAUUUGCUGGCAGGAUAGACCACUAUUUUCUGUGUCAGCUUGGAGAUUUAGGAGUUGCGAUUGAAAGAUUAUCGAACAUAUGGGGACUGUGCUUUCUAUUAUUUUGCUACUGUUCUUUGUAUAAAGGAUGAUAACCUUUAAUGUGCAGUUGCAUAAUGUUCAACUUUUAAAACAUUUUCUCCAUUUAUAUAACGUUGUAUUAGAUAAUUGUUUAUGUUUAUUUACUCUCUGAUAAAAGUUGGAUGAUAUUUGUUCCAUA